AUGCUCGCGUGGCAGCUGCACACCGUGACUGCUCGUCUGGCACCCAGACCCACAGGGAUUCCCAGAGCCGACUCAGGACAUUUUGCACUCCUUAGGGAAGAGGGAGAGGAUCAGGUGCUUCAACAACUGAUGUUUCAUGAAAUUGCUAGUGCUGGAGGUCACCAACAUCCCGUACAUUUCAAGCUACUCAACUGCAAAAGCUGCCUUGGGGACAGUAGUUUUCUGACAGAUCUUCCAGUACCUGAUGAUAGUCUCUGUAAGAAAAUAAAUAUCAAAGACCUCAAUGACGAAGUCCAAAGGGUUCUUCUGCGCUCAGUCGUUCAUGGGCAUUGGCAGUCACUCAACAACUUAACCUUCUUCCAGUACAGACGGUACUGGAGGAAUGAUCCAAUACCAAGUAAAGAGUUUCUUUUCCCUCCCUCCACAAUUUAUAAAGGCAGUGUUGGAGAAGCUCAUUCGAGGAACCGAAGAGGAAUUCUCGAAUUAGCUGGAGCCAUCAGAUGCACUACGGGACGUUCUCCCUUUGCCUACCUGCGCUACGGCUGCUACUGCGGCCUGGGAGGAAGAGGCUGGCCCAAGGACAGAGUUGACUGGUGCUGCUUUGACCACGACUGCUGCUAUGGCAGGGCCGAGCAAGCAGGCUGCCACCCCAAGGUGGAGAGCUACGCCUGGGAGUGCGAUGACAACGCGCCCGUGUGCGAAUCACUAGAAGACCGAUGUCAAAAAAUGGCAUGUGAAUGUGACCGUGAAGCUGCCAAGUGUUUUUCUAAAGCUCCCUACCAUGCAAAGUACCUUUUGUGGCCAGAUUUCAAUUGUGGUGAGAUUCAGCCUUUCUGUAGAUAUUAGAUACAGGAUAGCAGUCUUUAUGAAAACUCUAUAUGUAUUUAAAUCUAAAAAGACA